AAGGCGAGUGCCGGGCGCUGCAGGUUGCACCGGCGGCGGCGGCGUCGGGCCGCGUAGUGGAGGCACCGCCGCCGCCUCCUCCUCCUGCGCUGGGCUGCUUUGCGCGAGGGGGGACCCGAAAAAGGCGGGGCCCCUUUGGAGCCGGCUUCUCCGACUCGCCGCUAUGAUGAUGUCUGCUGCUCCCCUCGAGACGCGCCUGCACGCUGGCAUCUGGGGCGCCCCGCCGCCGCCGCCGGCAGCAGCAGCAGCAGCAUGUCGAGACAGCCGCGGAAGACUCCGGCUCUGAGGACCUGCCUGGCUGGCCCGGCGUCCUGGGUGGUGCGGGGAGAGCGAAGAGUCGCAGCAGGAGCCCCGCAGAGCCCUUGGGACGUGAGCUAGACGCCGGGGAGGGGCUGCCUGGUUGCCCAGCCGGACUGGGGUGUGGAGGGAGGCAGCCGUGGCCGAGGGCUCCGAUGGUGCGCCCUUUCUUUGCUUUGUCUUUUUAAAACACACACACACACACACACACACACACACACACACACAAAACACACACACACCCUGGAUGCAACCCCCGAGGAGGAGGAGGAGGCAGGCGCGCGGUCCUUCCCGUCUGCUGAAAAGAUGAAGAGGAUUCCUCCUCAGCAGCCCGCUGUGCGCUGAGCCGGCUGCGGGAGGCGGGGAGAGGGAAGCCAAGGUGUCCCCACGCCGACCUCCAAGCCGCUCCCGCCCUCCCUCACUCCCCUUCCGCGCUACAGGCGCCGGCUGGUCGCCCUCCGCGGCCGUCGCCCUCGCCAGUGGCCAUGGACCGGCUGCCGCCGUCUAUGCGCAAGCGGCUUUACAGCCUGCCCCAGCAGAUCGGCCCCAAAGCGUCGAUCAUGGACGAGGAGGAGGAGGAGGACGAAGCGGCCGGCGGCGGCGGCGGCGACCAGGACGCCCGUCGCAAGAGCAUCAAACUGAAGCCGCUGCCCUCCCCGUCGGCGGCGCCAAGGGGCGCUCGCGGGCUCGGGGCGGCUGAGCCGUCGAGGCCCGGCGGCGGGGAAGGCGCUGCGGGGCUUGCGGAGGGCGGCGAGGCUGCGGCCGGCUGCAGGGCCAGCAGCAGCGCCGCCAGGACCGGCACCAACGGGGACUGCCGGCGUUUCAAGGGGAGCCGCUCGUCGCUCGCCAGCCGCCAGCCCCACGACUCGGCCGAGGGGCGUCGGCUGAUUGGCAGCGAGGGGGAUGCGGCGUCGCCCGGCGAGGAAAGGAGCCCCCCGGGCCUCUCGGAUAACGAGCAAGGCUCCCCCGUCUCUCCGGCGGCGGCCGGGGAUGCCUGCUCGCCGCUGCCGCCUCCCGAGGGGCAGCCUCAGCCCUCUGCCUCUGCCUUCGUCAAAGUGGAGGGGGCUGGGGGUCCCGGAGGAGGAGGAGGAGGAGGAGGAGGAGGAGGGGGCGAUCAGAUAACGCCGGACGACGAGCAGCGCCUGGACCAAGCCGGCUUCAUGCAGAGGCAGUUCGGGGCGAUGCUGCAACCUGGGGUCAACAAAUUCUCCUUGAGGAUGUUCGGCAGCCAGAAGGCCGUGGAGCGGGAGCAGGAAAGGGUUAAGUCUGCCGGCUUCUGGAUCAUCCACCCUUACAGUGAUUUCAGGUUUUACUGGGACUUGACUAUGCUGCUUCUGAUGGUUGGCAACCUGAUCAUCAUCCCCGUGGGCAUCACCUUCUUCAAGGAUGAGAACACCACGCCAUGGAUUGUUUUCAACGUGGUCUCGGACACCUUCUUCCUCAUUGACCUGGUCCUCAACUUCCGCACAGGGAUUGUGGUGGAAGACAACACAGAGAUCAUCCUGGACCCACAGCGGAUUAAGAUGAAAUACCUCAAGAGCUGGUUUGUGGUGGAUUUUAUCAGCUCCAUUCCGGUAGACUAUAUUUUCCUGAUUGUGGAAACCCGCAUUGAUUCAGAGGUUUACAAGACUGCCCGAGCCCUGCGGAUUGUGCGCUUCACCAAAAUCCUCAGCCUCUUGCGGCUUCUCAGGCUUUCCAGGCUGAUACGCUAUAUCCAUCAGUGGGAGGAGAUCUUCCACAUGACCUAUGACCUGGCAAGCGCUGUGGUGAGGAUCGUGAACUUGAUUGGCAUGAUGCUACUGCUGUGUCACUGGGAUGGCUGCCUCCAGUUCCUGGUGCCCAUGCUUCAGGACUUCCCGAAUGACUGUUGGGUUUCUCUGAACAGCAUGGUGAAUGACUCCUGGGGAAAGCAGUAUUCCUAUGCGCUGUUCAAGGCCAUGAGCCACAUGCUGUGCAUCGGCUACGGGCAGCAAGCCCCGGUGGGCAUGUCCGACGUAUGGCUCACCAUGCUGAGCAUGAUCGUUGGCGCCACCUGCUAUGCCAUGUUCAUCGGCCACGCCACAGCCCUCAUCCAGUCUUUGGACUCCUCACGCCGACAGUACCAGGAGAAGUACAAGCAAGUGGAGCAGUAUAUGUCUUUCCACAAACUCCCAGCUGAGAUGCGCCAGAGAAUUCAUGACUACUAUGAGCACCGCUACCAGGGCAAGAUGUUUGAUGAAGAGAGCAUCCUGGGAGAACUGAGUGAACCUCUGAGGGAGGAGAUCAUAAAUUUCAACUGCCGGAAGCUGGUGGCCUCCAUGCCUCUGUUUGCCAAUGCAGACCCCAAUUUUGUGACCUCCAUGCUGACCAAGCUGCGUUUCGAGGUGUUCCAGCCGGGUGACUACAUCAUCCGGGAGGGCACCAUCGGGAAGAAGAUGUACUUCAUCCAGCACGGGGUAGUCAGUGUGCUCACGAAGGGGAACAAGGAAACCAAGCUGGCUGAUGGUUCCUACUUUGGAGAAAUUUGCCUGCUGACCCGUGGCCGGCGCACAGCAAGUGUGCGAGCUGACACAUACUGCCGCCUCUACUCCCUCUCAGUGGACAACUUUAAUGAAGUGCUGGAGGAGUAUCCCAUGAUGAGAAGGGCUUUUGAAACAGUGGCACUGGACAGGCUGGACAGAAUUGGUAAGAAGAACUCUAUCCUGCUUCAUAAAGUCCAGCACGACCUAAACUCGGGAGUCUUCAACUACCAGGAGAACGAGAUCAUCCAGCAAAUUGUGCAGCACGACCGAGAGAUGGCCCACUGUGCGCAUAAUGUCCAAGCUGCCGCUGCAGCAUCUGCACCCACCCCUGUCAUCUGGACCCCCCUCAUCCAGGCACCGCUGCAAGCCGCAGCAGCCACCACGUCAGUAGCAAUAGCUCUCACCCACCACCCUCGCCUUCCAACAGCCAUUUUCCGUCCUCCAGUCUCUGUCUUGGGUUCUCUGGGACAGCCUUCACACCAGACACCGAGGCAGCUGAAACGGCUUCAUUCCUUGGUGUCGUCUACUGGGCCUUCGGUGGUGGGCUCGCCUUCCGGCACACCAUCUCAGCAGCACACUCCAGGAGCUGAAUCUCUUUCAUCCUCCUCCUUCCGGAUCCAGCGGCUGGCCGGGUUCACAGCCUCUGCCGGCUUAGGCCAGUUCCACCACACCUCAGCUGGCUCUCCUUCUGCUGGCUCCAGCCAGCAAGCCUUGGGCAGCCCGUCGUCUGCAGAGCUGGGCCAGCUACAGCUAGAGCCUUCCGACUCACCGGAAAGGACUGUUCAGCAGCAGCAUGCUUCUGACAGCAAUCUCUUGAGUGGCUUUGGCCCCUUCCAGAAGGGCCCACCCGCCACUUCUCCACCCACCGCUUUCAGCCAGCUAUCCUCCAAUUCACCCGGCAGCCCCCUCAGCCACUUGCAACCCACUUGCAAGCCGCUCCAGGUAGGGCAGUCACAGCAACUCUCAGGAACUGGAGUUCUGAGAGGGACAAACCACUUUCAGUUGCCUCCCUCGUCCAGUUCUCCAUCGUCUAGCUUAAGCCAGCUGGCACAGGCCCCUGGAGGCUUCUCUUCGGCCUUGUGCCAAACCCAGCCAAGUGCAUUAGGACCUUCAGCAGCACCUGCAACCAUAGCUCAGUUGCACCAUGAAAGGUCUCCCUUUGCCUCUUUGUCUCCAUUAAAACAACCUCCUGCUGCUGCCCCUCUUUCUUACCCUCCAGGCCUUAGUCCUCCUACUCAAAGCCCUGCCACUAGGACUUCUCCGUGCAGCCUUUCCAGGGCGAUGGGCUCCCAUGGAUCUCUGCUGAUGCCUCAGACCUCGAGUCCACCUCCACAGGUCCUCCAGCCCAGGAGUACGCCGCCACUUCCACCCGAACGACUGACGCAGGACCUCAAGCUGAUCUCUGCUUCCCAGCCCUCCUUGCCCCAAGAUGCAGCUCAGACUUUAAGCCAAGGUUCUCCUCAUUCCUCUAGAGAGUCUGUUUCUAGUUUCUCAUCCUUCACAGGAGGAGGAGGAGGAGGGUCUAGACCUCUGGGGAAGCCAUACAGCUCUGGGCCAGGGAGAACCGCUCUGCCACGCCAGCCCUCCUCAGGUUCUCUGCCUCAGUCGCCCCUGUUUGAGGCCAGCUCCAUCAUCUCUCCCUCUCUGACUGCUGCCGAAGGGAGGAAAGGAUCUCUAGGGCUCACUGGGGAACAAGAACAAGUCCGAUCUAAACUGCCCUCCAAUUUGUGAGACGCGCCUCCCUACCCCGCCAUCCUGAGGAGCUGUUCUCUUUGAUUUGUACUUUUCAGAUCCCAACAGACAUGUCACUUCCUUAACUUCAAGUUUAAUCUAUGAUUAGAGCUUUGUUGGUUUUUGGUUUUUUUAAAAAAUGAGAACAAAGAAAAGAUAACCAGGUAUUCUUAGAGCUAUAGAUUUUCAGUCACUUUCUUUUACAGAGUAUUUUACUACAUGGCGCAAAAGAUUGAGAAGGGGAAUGUAAUCAAUAUGUGGGGAUGGCACAGAUGAAAGGUGCACCUGAUCGCUGCAGGAUCAGCUGCAGAGCUACCAAUGUUGGCUUCCUGGAGGGGGGAAGAGACAGAUGUCAAGUUGACAUGGCCAGUGCCAAGGCACAUGGCUUGCCUCUUAGCUGGUACAGAGCGAGGGAAACCUUACCACUCAGUGUGGCACUCUAAGUUUGCCAUUAGACCAGGCCUGCUAAGCUUUCGGCCCUCCUGCAGAUGUUGGCCUACAACUCCCAUAAUCCUUGGCUAUUGGCUACUGUGGCUGGGGAUUAUGGGAGUUGUAGUCCAGAAACAUCUGGGGGGGCCUAAGUUGAGCAGGCCUGCAUUAGACCCAAAGGGAUUAAAGAUGGGAUGUUGGGAGAUGCAUGCAUAAAAGGAGUAUUUGCUCCUUGGAGGGGGAUUGGCCAGUAGCAAUUCAUCUUAAUGACCCAAGGGGGUGCCAGAGGAGGCUCGGCUGCCUCUGCUUCUUACAGGCACAACUCACUCCCACAGAUAGUUGGGAAUUGUGCCUCUGCUCUGCCUGACAGAUGGCCAGCUGGCAGGCAGCUUGGCUCUUGGGCAGGAGAGAAAGGGUUAACCUGAGCGGUCUCCUUUGAUGUUGCCCCUCCCCCCCACGCUCAUUAGGAUGAGCUGCUACUAAGGUUGGCAUUGAUUUAGCCAGUGUUGCAUGGACUUCUGACAUUUGCAAACCCAUUAAGAGCCACAUCCCCACUGCUGAAAUGUGGCAGGCUACACAUCCCAGUCUUGAAAUACAGGAGGCCCUUGCUUAUCACGGGUUCUGCGGUCAUGGUUUCAGCUCUCAAUGUUUCAAUUAUAUAUACAGCCGGUUUCAGUUAUCAUGGGGGUGAAUUGCAUCAAUUCGUCGUUCCUGUGCAUGUUUCACACUUCCAGUGACAUUUCUGGUGGUAUUUCCAGCUUGGAGGCACUUCUGGAGGCAGUGUGGAGCCAUGUUGGGAUGCAUUUUUUGGAAUUUUGAGGGGUGUUUUUUGUGGGGGGACAUUACUAGUGCAGCUGGAGAGUGCUGUACUCUUAUGUUAUUUCUGUUCCCCCCUCCCCAUUUUUUUUUUUUUUGGUAAUUUGUAACACUUUUUGAUAGACUAACUCCAGCAUUCCCAUCAUUUCAAUUAUCACGGUUACUGCAUUUGUUGUGGUAUCAUGGAACUCAAUGCCUGUGAUAUUCGAGGGCCUCCUGUACGCAAUUUGAUGUAGGCAGCAGACUCAAGUCUCAACAAUAGCGCCCUGCCAGUCUCAGAGGGUGUUCAUGUUCUGGGUAAUUCCUAAUGAAUGCAGAGAGGCUCUGUGGCUACUAAGAAUUGCGUCCUCACUAUAGAGAUGUGCACAAAAAUGGGUUUUUGUGGUUCGGUUCUAAUUAGAACCAAACUUGAAUCUGCUCUACUGGUUCUGGUUCUGAACUGGCCCAUGGUUUGGUUCUAAUUAGAACUCCCUAGAACCAGUUCUAAAAAGGGUCUCCAUAGGGAAUAAUGGGGCUUGAACCAGCCCAUUAGUCCCUAUGGGUAGCACCCAGGGAUGCCAAAGUGGGGUAUGUGGUAGGCUCCCAUGGGUGCUGACUACCACCCUAACCCCAAAGCAAUCGGUUAAAGGGGCAAUUUUUAAUGAUUUUUAAAAAUAUUUUAAAAGUUGUAUUAUUUCUCCCAUAGGGAGUAAAGGGGAUUGGAUUCUUUGAUGUCACAUAGAUUCUACAUAAUGAAUCUCUGUCUGGAAUCUAUGAGCCAUCCAUCAGAUAAUCCAACACUAGUUGGCAGCCUUGGGGGCCCACCACACACACCACUUUGGCACCCCUAGGUGUGCCACCAGCCCAAACACCAAAUUCACAAAAAACACCAGAGACCAGAAUGGAGACUACAAAAACACUACAAACCUAGCCUAAAACCACAAACCUAGCUACAUAGACACCACAAGCCACAGGCAAACCACAAACCUCAGCUACCCAAGACAAGGAGGCAUGAUUCACACUAACAAGAAGUAACCACAGAAGACUGCAAGCAUGCUGGAGCAAGCCAUAAACCAAACAAGCAGACACCACAAACACACUGCAAACCACAAACCUGUGAAUACCACCAGUUAACACAAACUACAGAAAAAGCAUUUAGACACAGGCAUUUCAGAACAAGCACGCCAAGCAUUUAAAAAGCAGCGUUUAAAAAAUAAGAAAGCAAUUCUAAAAAAAUAACACUUUAGACAUUUUAAGAUGACUAGGACUGGGAAGACUCAAAUUCAAAUCCCCAUUCAGCCAUGAAACUCACUGAGCCAGUCCAAUGUUCCUUCUAAGAGAUCCCCAGAUGUUGUUGACUCCCAUGAUCCCCAAGCAAACGCCAUUGCAGCUGGCGAUUCUGGGAGUUGUAGUCAACAACUUUUGGGGAUCCCUGUUAGAGGGAACCCUGGGCCAGUCACUUACCUCUGAGCCCAAACUACCUCACAGGGGUGUUGUGUGGAUAAACAACCAUGUACGCCAUUCGGGGCUCCUUGGAAGAAGAGUGGGAUAUAAAUGUAGAUAUAAAAUAUAAAUAAAUAAAUAGGAAGUAAUUAAUUAAGCACACAUUACAGGCAGCCAGGAAAUAAAAUACUUAAAUACACUUUUUAUUUAUUUAUUUAUUUUUUUAAAUAAAGGGCCCUUUCCAGAGCAGGCAGUGUGCUUUCAAAUAGGGAGUAAUUAAUUAUUUUAAAAAAAUUGAGGGGUGGGUAAAAACAGGAGUCAAUCAAAUCUCUCUCUGGAGACCCCCACAAGCAAGGGAAGGUUGCCCUACCAUUUUCCAAAGCAGCAGCAGUAGUAUUAGCUCCUCAGUCAGCAGCAGAGAUUCCUCAGGGGGUACUGUAUUUGUAAAAGUGAAACCCGCCCAGCUAGCCUCCUGUGCGCUUCCUCUCUUAAUCUUAAUUAGCGGUUGAGCAGAAUAGUGACUGCACAUUUUGCUCCAUAACCCCGCUUCUACAAGGGCUAGAGUUUCGCUUUUUAAAAAAAUAUAUGAAAUCUGAAAUCCAGGCGAAUCCGGGUGGGCUAAGCAAUCUGGAUGAGAUGCUUGAAAUCCGGCUGAAACCCGGAAUUCCAGGGGGCAUGGCAACUCUACACCUGGCGCACCCCCUCUUGUCCCUCCCCCCAGACAAUAGGGUGUCAGGUGUCCUAAGUGGCACACUGCCAAAGCCACUCAAAGGGCCAGACACAUCUGGCCAAUUGGGAUCUGCAGCACAGCCAAUCGCUGCAAGUGACAGAAGUGUCACAAAAUGGAUGACAAUCGCCCUUUUACUCAAAAUGGAGGCUCGAGCCUAUCGGAACUGGCUCUGUUAGAGCCGUGCUCAGUCCAGUUUUGCCUACAGGUGGCUCUUUUUUAUUUUCGAGUUUGGUCUCGACCUAGAACGGUUGAGCCAAGGGGUUCUAUCGAACUGGUUCUAGAUCAGGGCUGCUCAACUUCGGCCCUUCUGCAGAUGUUUGCCUACAACCCCCACAAUCCCUGGCUAUUGGUUACUGUGGCUGGGGAUUAUGGGAGUUGUAGUUCAAAAACAGCUGGGGGGCCUAAGUUGAGCAGGCCUGUUCUAGACUGAACUGGUUCGCACAUCCCUACCUCACUCUAGCGAUGCUUCUUUUGAGAAUGGUGGGAGAAGCAUCUCCACAGUGAGGAUGCCAUUCUUAGUAGCCACGGAGCCUCCCCACCUUCGCUAGCAGCGUGGAUGGGCUUUGCAGAAGUGCAUCCCGGAACCAGUGCAUGUGCUCUGUGGGGCGCUGAGCAGAAUAAAAGCCAAUGUACGCCAAUGUUAAGUAGUAGUAGUAAGGGGAAAUGACUACUAAUGACAGAGCCUUCCAUUAUUUUUGAGUGGGAUUUUCCGUUUGACAUACACUGCAGUUGCUGAAGCUGCAGUUGAAGUGGAGGUACAGCAUGGGGCAGAGGACUUGCUGAGGCUGUUUGCCUCUUGCAUCUUUUUUCCUGCUGAAAACUUCUCCCUCCAAACUGCUUUUAUCCACACUGGGGGAAAGAUGCAUGGAUUUGUACGUAUAUUUUCCUUACUCUGGGUAAAAGCUGCAUGGUGUUAAAUUGUGUAACAAGCAAGCCUGCCCCAAAAGCAACAGCAGAACUAUGUAAACAUUGUUCUGCUUCCAGAUUUCUAAUUUGCCACUUGGCAUUUAUCAUCUGAUUUGAGAUUUGAGCGUUUAGGAAAGCAAUCUUUGAACAUGGUGAAGUUUGGACUACAGAGGUGCUGCAAAUGUCCUCGUUUGAUUUGGUUCUGUAACGAGCAGUAUCAAAAAAGGGCUGGGGGGGGCAGUGUUCCCUCUUACAGGGAUUCCCAGAUUUUGUUGGCUACAACUCCUAGAAUCCUCAGCUGCUAUGGGCUUUGCUUGGGGACUAUGGGAGUCAACAACAUAUGAGAAUCCCUGUUAGAGGGGUGGGGGGUGGAGUCAGUAAGAAGACAGUUGUUGGUGCAUUUGCAAGUGUCAGAAGCCCUUUCUGAAUAAGACAAAGUCAUUAAACGUGCUUCCAGCAAAUCUAAUAUUAGAUGGUUGGGCAUGGCUCCGUUGUGCCUUGCUGAAGCUUGAGUAACAUGGAACUUUCACAAACCUCAGUAAGAUGAUGAAAUGGUUUACCUGACCCAUGAGCAAGGCCAAUAAAGGGCACAGGGAAACAUUUUACUUUCAAUUUAGAGUGUGAUCCAUACUACAUCGACAGUUUUGUCAAUCUUGGGUUUCCAGAUAAUGUUGGGCUACAACUCCCAAAGCCAUUGAAGCUGAAGAUGAUGGGAGUCGUAGUUCAACAUCAUCUGGGGAGCCAAGGUUGGCUAUACUACACUAUACAAAUGUGCCUGGAUAGGUGAUCUGGAUAGGUGCUUACUUCUUGCACCAGAAUGGAUAGCCAUCAUCCUUUUGAAUUAUCCGCUGCUCUCCAUUGAUCACAGGAGUGAGGAGCUGUCUGUAGGUGUGUGAAGGAGGAACCAAAGAGGCUGAGGGAAACCAUCAAGUAGACUUGUAAAAGAAUAAUUUCCAAUACAUUUAGUAGAAUGAGUAAUGAAUAAUUCUCUGAAAUAUUCUCUCCUAUGCUAAAUAAGGCAGGAGAAUAUUCUUUUCCAAGUCUACCAUCAAGUAGAUUUGACUCGUCACAUGCAGCUCAUCACACCAUUCAGGAAUCCUAGCAGGCCUGGCAAGACGUCCUCUCCCCGCAAAAGGAAUGAGGAGCCUUUUCUCACCAAUACCCUCUGUUAUUGCUAAAAGCGAUACUUAGCCAUGGCACCAGCACUGCCCCAUUUUGAAGGGUAACAGAAAAUCGUACUUUACUGUAUAUUUACUAUACUAUUUGAGCAAUAAAACUCCUAAGUUCCAUGACA